AAUCAGAGUAAGGUGGGCUGGGCCGUCAGUCUUUAAAAAGAUCGAAAACCAACGAGGAAGCUGGAAAGGAGUUCCUUUCAAAUUGCUCACCCAGAGCUCUACAGGAAUGGGGAUGGUUUUCCCCGGGGUCCCCAGAGCCCUGAGCCACCUGCUGCUCCUGUUGCUGCUGCUGGAGGAGUCGCGGGGGUUCCCCCCUGGAACCCACACUCUCCGCUAUGACCUCAUGAUGCUGCCCCUGGACAGGCCUGGGAAGCCCCAGUUUCUGGCCCUGGGAUACUUUGAUGAUGAGCUCUUCCUGCGCUACGAUGGCGAAAGCCAGAUGGCAGAGCCUCGGGGUCUAGGGAUCAAGGUGGACCUGGGAGCUGAGACCUGGGAGAGAGAGACUGAGGACCUGAAGGAGAAGGAGCUGCAGCUCAAACAGUUGCUGACAGAGAUCAUGGGCCAGCAGGGCCAGGCCCGGGGCCUUCACUCCCUCCAGGCCACAUUGGGCUGUGAGCUCCAGGGAGACAGCACUAGAGGCUUCUGGCUCUUGGGCUACAAAGGGCAGGACUUCCUCACCUUCGACUCAGAGACCCUCACUUGGACAGUGGCCAUGCCCUCAGCCCAGCACAUCAAGAAGUUCUGGGAGACCCAAGGCCCCAGGGCUGAUCUGGUUAAGACUUUUCUACGUGUGACUUGUCCUGCCCAACUCUGGAGAUAUCUGGCGUCCUGGAGGGGCCUCCUGGAGAAUACAGAUCCCCCGUCAGUGACUGUGACCCGCAGUAAGAACCUGCUGGGCAAGGUCAUCCUGAGGUGCUGGGCUUUUAGUUUCUAUCCUGGGGGUGCCACCCUGACCUGGCUUUGGGAUGGGGAACCCAUGCACCAGGGCACCUUUGGGCCUGGGGUCAGCUUGCCCAGUGGGGACGGGACCUACCAGACCUGGGUGGACACUCGGGUCCUCCCUGGAGAGGAGCAGAGGUUCACCUGCCACGUGGGACACUGCGGGCUGAACACCACGGUCCCUGCAGUCUCUGGCACUCAAGGUCAGAGCGCUUCCUGUGCGGCUGCUCCUGCUGCGGCUCCUCUCGCUGUGUCCUCUGUCCCUGCUGUGCUGUGUUUGGUGGUGGUCGAAGCCUAGACAAGGAAGCACAAAGAGGAUGUGAGAGCCCAGGAGAGAAGCACACAGGACAGUGAGGAGUACGGAUCUGAUUCUCCUCUGGGUGGUGAAUGGAGACAGCUCUCUUCUGUUAAAAACAAGGCAACAGGCCCCAAACAGAGUCCCUUAUGUUAAGUCCCACGUCAUCACCAAAGCAAGAUUUCACUCAGUGACAGUUUCAGCUCUCCCAGAAAUGGAAUCUUAAACUCCUCAACCAGGAAUCUGCUCAGCACUAGUCAGGUCAUCUGCCUGAUAGACCCCAGCCAUCCUCUAAAGGAAGGUGACCUUCCAAUAACCAAGCUGCCUUUUUGCCUAACAUAACUUCCCUGUUCCUGCUCCCUUCUAAGUGAAAAAUCUCUUGCCUUGGACAGCUCUUCAGUGGUCUUUCUAUCUGCUAGACUGGAUGCUGCCCAGUCCAUUAAUCGUUGAAUGAAGCCAGUAAGAUCUUUAAAAUUUACUCAGUUGAAUUUUAUUUUUUAACUUUUCUUGCCUAGGAAAAGGAGAAGAAUAGACAAGCCCUCUUCCUGCUUACAGGAUGAGGGGACCAGAUGUGAAUUAUGAAAACUGGCUAAAAAAAA